AUGAGACUAGGACACAGAGGGAGGAGACCAGGACAGAGGGAGGAGACCAGGAGGAGACCAGGAGGAGACCAGGACACAGAUGUAGGAGACCAGGAGGUGACCAGUAGGAGACCAGGAGGGGAGGAGACCAGGAGGAGACCCAGGACACAGAGGAAGGAGACCAGGAGGAGACCAGGAGGAGACCAGGACACAGUGGGAGGAGACCAGGAGGAGACCCAGGACACAGAGGAAGGAGACCAGGAGGAGACCAGGAGGAGACCAGGACAGAGGGAGGAGACCAGGAGGAGACCAGGAGGAGACCAGGACACAGAUGUAGGAGACCAGGAGGAGACCAGGAGGAGACCAGGACACAGAGGGAGGAGACCCGGAGGAGCCCCAUGA